AUGUUCCUAACAAUUUUAUGCUUUCAGGAGUUUUGUCGCGGUGAAAUACCUCCAAACUAUACCUUCAUGCACGAGGCAACAAAAGCUCCGAAGAUUUCAUACUACGACUACAUAGUCAUUGGCGGAGGCACGACUGGAAUCCCAAUAGCCACAAGCCUCUCUCAAAACUACUCAGUUCUACUGCUUGAACGUGGUGCUUCACCUUAUGGCAAUCCUAACGUCACCAAAAAAGCCAACUUCGGCUCCUACUUUUCUGACAACUCACCCGACUCUCCUUCUCAACGAUUUGUUUCGGUUGAUGGCGUUACAAAUGCACGACCACGCGUCUUGGGUGGUGGUACUUCAAUCAAUGCUGGAUUUUAUUCUCAUGGUGAUGCAAGAUUCAUAAAACAGGCCAAACUAAAGGAUGAAUGGUUGAUCAACGAGUCUUACCGAUGGGUAGAAAAGGUGAUGGUUUCUAAGCCGGUUUUGACAAGGUGGCAUUCGGCGUUGGAAAGUGCGCUUGUUGAAGCCGACGUGACACCAGAAAAUGGGUUUACGUAUGAUCACAUCAUUGGGACUAAAGUCGGUGGUACUAUUUUUGAUCAAAAUGGGACACGACAUACGGCAGCGGAUUUGCUACAGUAUGCAAAUCCUAAGGGGUUGCGUCUCCUUCUGCAUGCAACUGCUCACAAAAUCUUAUUUAAAACAAAAGAGAGAUCAAAACCAACAGCUUAUGGGGUAGUGUAUGAAGAUGCAUCAGGCAAAAAGCAUAGGGCUUACUUGAAAGGAGGACAAAGGGAUGAAAUCAUACUAUCUGCGGGUGCCCUCGGAAGCCCCCAACUUCUAAUGUUGAGUGGCGUAGGUCCAAAGGACCAGCUUCAUACCCACAACAUCAAACGAGUGUUGCACCAUCCUUUAAUUGGUCAAGGGAUGGUUGAUAACCCAUUAAAUGAAUUCUUCGUCCCUUCUCCGAUACCCGUGGCACAAUCUUUGGUUGACAUCGUUGGUAUCACUCAAUCAGGCAACUAUAUUGAGGCAGUCGAAGGCUUCAAUUUGAUCGGUGGGACGGAUUCAGACUAUCAGGGUUUUUCUUAUGAGAUGGGUGGAUUUAUAUUCGAGAAAGUUAACUAUCCUAAAUCCAAGGGUGACCUUAAGCUUACAAAUAGAAAUCCUGCUGACAACCCAUCUGUAACAUUCAACUACUUCAAAGAGCCCAAUGACUUGCGAAAAUGCGUUCUUGGGCUCAGAACAAUGCUAACAGCAAUAGAAUCAAAAUCAUUCGCGAAAUUCAAAUAUGCAAAUAUGACGAUUCAAGAUAUUCUUGACCUUAACAUGAAAAUGCCCACAACUUUUCCCAUGAAUGCCGAUACAAGCUCAUCAUUGGAACAAUAUUGCAAGGACAAUGUAAAGACUAUAUGGCAUUACCAUGGAGGGUGUCAAAUGGGCAAGGUAGUCGAUGCAGAUUAUAAGAUUCUUGGAGUGGAUGCUGUUCGUGUCAUUGACGGAUCAACUUUAACCAGCUCUCCAGGAACAAAUCCUCAAGCAAGCCUGUUAAUGCUUGGAAGGUACAUGGGAGUUACGAUACUGAACAAAAGACUUGCAAGUGACAUAUCCAAAUGAUUGCCAACAAUCACAUCUUAAUAUUUUGAAAUUGUCUCAUAUAUUACUCAAAUAUUCAUGUAAAAUAUUCAGUGUUCUUUCUUGAUUGUAUAUGUAAUAUUGCAAUCUAAUAAAUAUUAGUGUAUGUCCAAAA